GACCUGGAGGCGCGGCCCCGAAGCUAGGCGGACGGCGGGGCUGGGGCAGCGACCACCCGGUGAAGCCGUGCUUUGGACUCGUGAGGCUGCUGCGGGGCGCGCGGCCGUUCGCCAUGUACACCUUCGUGGUGCGCGACGAGAAUAGCAGCGUCUACGCCGAGGUCUCCCGACUGCUGCUGGCCACCGGCCACUGGAAGAAGCUGCGGCGAGACAACCCCAGGUUCAACUUGAUGCUGGGCGAGAGGAACCGGCUGCCCUUUGGGAGACUGGGUCACGAGCCUGGGCUGGUACAGCUGGUGAAUUACUACAGGGGGGCGGACAAACUGUGCCGAAAAGCUUCCUUAGUGAAGCUAGUCAAGACCAGUCCUGAGCUGUCUGAAUCCAGCACAUGGUUCCCAGAGUCAUAUGUGAUUUAUCCAACUAACCUCAAGACGCCAGUCGCUCCAGCCCAGAAUGGCAUCCAGCUUCCAGUCAGUAACACCAGGACAGAUGAGAGAGAAUUCUUCCUGGCUUCUUACAACAGAAAGAAAGAGGAUGGGGAAGGCAAUGUUUGGAUUGCAAAGUCAUCAGCCGGUGCCAAGGGUGAAGGCAUCCUCAUCUCCUCGGAGGCGUCAGAACUUCUGGAUUUCAUAGACAACCAGGGUCAAGUGCACGUGAUCCAGAAAUACCUCGAGCGCCCUCUGCUCCUUGAGCCUGGUCACCGCAAGUUUGACAUUCGAAGCUGGGUCCUGGUUGACCAUCAGUAUAACAUCUACCUCUAUAGAGAGGGUGUGCUCCGAACAGCUUCAGAACCAUAUCAUGUAGAUAAUUUCCAAGAUAAGACCUGCCAUUUGACCAACCACUGCAUUCAGAAAGAGUUCUCAAAGAACUAUGGGAAAUACGAAGAAGGGAAUGAAAUGUUCUUCGAGGAGUUCAACCAGUACCUAAGCAGCGCUCUGAAUAUCACCUUAGAAAGUGGCAUUUUGACGCAAAUCAAACACAUAAUAAGGAGCUGCCUCAUGAGUGUGGAGCCUGCCAUCAGCACCAAGUACCUCCCUUACCAGAGCUUCCAGCUCUUUGGCUUCGACUUCAUGGUGGACGAGGGGCUGAAGGUCUGGCUCAUUGAAGUCAACGGCGCCCCUGCAUGUGCUCAGAAGCUCUAUGCAGAACUGUGCCAAGGAAUCGUGGACAUAGCCAUAUCCAGCGUCUUCCCACCCCCGGACGUGGAGCAGGUGCCGCAGCCAGCUGCGUUCAUCAAGCUGUGAAGGGUGGGAAGGUGCAGAACCACCUUGGGAAAUGUAUGGAACCCUGCUCCAGAGGAGCAUGAGAAGACUGGACUGCUCCCCAUCGGGGUAUGCUGGGAACGGAUGUGCGGGAAGAGUGUGUGAAGAGAAGGCAGCUGCGGGGGGGGAGCAAGAGGUGCUGCCUUCAGUAUUGCAGAGACCUUAGGAGACUGAUGCAAGGCACCGAGAGGGAGAAGCCAACAUUUUUCUAAAGGGCCGGAACCAGGGGUGUGGUUGUGGUGGAUCUCAGCCCUUGAGCAGUCUCUGGCCCUGGGUGGUACAGGGAGCAGAGCUCCCUCCUUCCCAGGAUGUAGCCCAGAAACCUCUGAGGGGCGUUACCCCACCUGCUGCAGCGUUAGUGCCUUAGCUCUGUGUCCAGUGCAGCCUCGCUGGACAGAUUGGACCUUAGAGCAUUUUGGAGGUUGCCACAUGUUCCCCGCACAUCCCCUCUGCGACACUAUGUCCCACUAAACUCUGGACAAGCUUGCAGGACAGCCCGUGCUGUGCACUGGCCUGUCAGUGAAGGCUUCUUGCUUGUCACCUUCCUGGUGGUGUGCGAGCAGACACUUGCCAGGGGUCCUGUGGGCACCAAACAGUGUAUUUUGCUCACUGCAUGUUUUAGAAACAAAAGCAGCAAGCCUGAUGAAUCUGCAAGCAUCAAAUAAGCAUGAGAGAGAAAGAAAGAAAAAACUAAAACGUGGUAUCUCACUUUACUUAACGGUAUGGGUGGGCGGGAGUCUCUGAAGUCUCAUGAGCCUCAGUUAUCUUUGACUUAAUCAGAGUUCUGAAUGCAGCUUGGCAGUUCCUCUUCCCUUCCUCACCCGUAAACCUUCGUUAUAACCCUCUCUGGGAGUCAUGGAAGGUAGAAUGCCAUUCCCCAUCCUCUUCCUCACCUCAUAGCUCUCCCCAUAUCUGUCCUCCUUGACUCCAAGGGCCUGGAGAGACUGGUUUCAUUCCAGAAAGGGCCCUGUCUGAUUAAGCAUGUAGGUAACAGGAGGGAUACCCUCAGAAUGAGGGUGUGUCCUGCCUGAGUGAAAAAGAAGCAUUUUUUGGAGCUUUGCACAGCUUCCCAUGUCAACAAAAGUGCACUAUGAAAUGUGGUUUCCAUGUCAUGGGUCCAUUCGUAUUUUAUGGGCUUCUCAGGAGCCCACUCCUGAAGCAGUGGGAAGAAGAUGUGUGUAUUCAGUAAGAGCUGAGUAAAUAGGCUCUUCUCUAGAGUGUCCUGGAAGCCACAGGGAGAGCUGCCCUUCUUCCCAGAUCAUAGUGUGUGCUUUCUGGUGAGUACAAGUGCUUCUUUAUGCUCAUCUACUUGGUAUGUUCUGCAGUCAAAUGGGGCUUUCUCAAAAGAGGUAGAGAAGAUAGAAUGAGAGGUGGGAACUUGCAGCAAGGCAUGGAAUGAUGAAAUUAUUUAUUACAUUCGUCCAUGGGUGACCAAAUGUGUUACACUGAAUUAAAGACUGUCCCAACUCACGGGAAUCUGGAAUUAAAGGGUAAAGGUGCCAUGAUUGCCUAGAAUAUGGGUAACAAAGUUGGCAACCAGAGCAAAGUAAAACAUUUGAUAUUAAGUCAGUCUUUGAGAUCCAGCACAGCUGAUGGGUUAGUGCUGAGAAAUGUCUGAGGGGGCAGAGAGAUGAGCCACAUCCUGGGAAGAUGUACUCACUAGGACAGUGGAAAGUGCUGGAUUCUUGGUUAGUUUAGGAGGGCCAGUAAUGGAGACAGCAAGGUCUAUGUAUGUUCUUGGACCCAAAUCCUAGGGGCAUUCAAAAGUGUUUGGCUGUUGUGGUGACAGAGUUGACAAAGCAGAUGUUAAUAAGUCUUUAUGAAUCCUGACAGGUUUUUGUAAUAAACUAGAACAAACCCAUAACAUCUGUAUAAGGGGAAAUGGGAAGGGUUGGGUUCAUUCCUCAGACAGCUUCAACCAUUUUAUGCAUUUACUUCCCACCGAGUAGGAAGGUUGGUUCUGUACCAUUUCGUACCGUUCCAUGAUGUCAUUGGCACAGAUGGUCAUGCCUGGCUCCCCAGCCAGUCUUCGCGGUUAGCUGGUGUAAGUGCUGCCCAUCACUGGGGGGGGGGUUAUUUAUUUGGAUAUUGAUUCCAUUCCUGGCUCUGUCAUCUGACUGCACAAUGUCACACGAGCCAGAUAAUCUCGUUGUGCCUUAGCAUCUUAUCUCAUGGAGAUGUCUGCUGGCCCAGGGACUACCUCAAGGGCUUUUUGUGAGAACAAAGGAGAACAGGAAGAAGACUCAAGAGCCUUUAGUCCCAAGGUUCUCAAUGCUGACUACAUGCUAUAGUCUCCAUGAAGUUCGAAAGAAGUUGAUGGCCCUUCCCACCUGUGGCCGACUGAAUCAGAACCUCAGGUAACCAUAUGUCUUGAGUUGCCUUGAACCAUUACUUUGGGAAGCAGGACAAACACAUUAUUACCUAGGAAGAAUUACUUAAGGAUUAAGGCUCAAAAAGAAAAAAAAAAAAAACUCUUUGAAGCAAGCAAUUCUAUAAGAACAAUCAAAUAUCAAUAUAAAUACUCGUAGUAUAAGUAUUGGCCAAGCAGUUUCUCAGUUUGCAUCUCAUCCAAGCACCUGGAAAAUCAAACAUGCUUUAAUUUACACAAGCAGUUUAGUAAGUCUUUGAUAGCAGCUGUAUACAGACAUGAACCUAUAAAUCUAUAUCAGAGUUAUUCAUUAAUUAUGGGAGAAAAGCCCCUCCCCUGACACUUGACUUCAAUGGCAAUUAUAAAGUCCAUUUUGCCAAGGAUAUUUAAGUGCCUCUGUGUUGUGAGCUAUAGUAGAGCAGCAGCUGGUGUACACACCAGCUGACAGGGGUUUCUGUAGCUCUUUGGGAUGACACUCACAUGCACAGGACAUUGGGGAGCACUGGAAAUGGGCUGUGAGCCACAGAACCAGCCAAUGUCAAUGAUGCUAUAAAGUGUUUCUAUGAACAGUUGUGGUUGUGUUCAUGGAUGUGGCAAAAGGAGAUCUAUGAACAAAAAUGACAAGGUGCCAAAGUAGGUUGCAUGUGGCAUGUGGAUGCUCUCAUAAGGAUUCAGUGUUGGUGGAUGUGCAUCCAAUCCUGGACAUAGAAUUGCACCUAAGAGGAAAUGAUUUUUGAAAUAAGGCAACUAUAUAUGAAUGUUUUAAAUGCCUGGAGCAUUAAAGUAUAGAUAUUUCAA